AUGUCAGUUGUUUCCUUAUGUUACAGGUUCGUGAACAGCAUGGUGUACUACGGCGUGUCACUGUACAGUUCCAACCUCGCAGGAGACAAAUAUCUCAACUUCUUUUUGUUGAGCGUUGUGGAGAUACCAGGUUAUGUCGUCACCAUGUUCACGAUGAUGUGGUGGGGUCGUCGACCGUCGUUGGUAUUAUUCCACAUACUAGCUGGUGUUGCUUGUAUACUUACGGCUUGCCUACCACGUGACACAGGUGAUGGUUCUGGUUUUGCCAUCCCACUAAUUAUACCUGCCAUGUUUGGCAAGUUCUGCAUCACGUGUAGCUUUUCAGUUGCUUUCUUAUAUGGAACAGAGAUCUUCCCUACCCCUGUCAGGAAUAUCGGCUUUGGUAUUGCGUCAAUCUGCGGUCGUGUAGGAAGCAUUCUUGCACCUUUCAUUAUCUACCUCGAAGAAUAUUCUUCCUACCUGCCGCUGAAUAUAUUCGGAGGGUUGAGCCUCAUUGCGGGCAUCUUGGUUGUGCUGCUUCCGGAGACGAGAAAUAAACCCCUUCCGGAGACAAUGGAAGAUGCCGAGAUGCUGGGAAAGACUCGACCAAUCAAGAGAAACCACACGAGUGGGGGCGUGGCCGAGGACGUGAAACCAAGCAACGGGAUCUUCAAUGCUGCUUUAGAGGACAGAGAUGAUUGGUUAUAAAAAAAAACAAAUUGUUACAAAAGUUUUGUGUUUUUACCCCAAAUGUCUAUGCUCAAAUGGAGUAAAGCAGUUAGGGGAAAUGCUGUUCAAUGUCAAUGUAACUAUGAGUUCACCUUCGGCUGAUUAUGUGUUGUUGCUAAUACCCACGUCACACAUUGGCUUGCGAUGGGCCGCUUGAGAGUAGUCUGCGACGGAUUUUCUAGGCAUUUUCGGCCGGGUCCAACGGGACUCCUUGCAGAUGCCGGUCAUUUUUGGAAAUUGGGCGGGCAUCAAGUUACUUUUAUAAUUCAGACUUAAAAUUUGGUACGGAGUUUCGCAUCGCAAACUGCUCCCCAAUAAAUCGGUCACUGUCUGACCGAUGUCCGGCUGGACAUGGCACACAUCGGGCGGGCGCCGGGCCAGCGUAAGGUUACAAGUUUACACACAUUUUGAUCACACAUAGGCAGGACAUCGGACGAGUGCCUGCCGAACACCAGCCGAACACCAGCCGAACACCAGGCGAACAUGCACACCAGUCGAUAAAGAAUUCGACCCCAUUUCCGUCAUGGCAGCGUUCGGGAACACUUAUAAACUGCGAUACAAUAAUUGUGACCGCAGCAGCGAUCUUUCGUUGACUUCUACAUGCUGGGCCUAAUUUCAUAGAGCUGCUUUUCAGCACAAAAUUUGGUUUAGCUAAAACAAAUCGUUGCUUAGUAAAAUAAGAUUAAUGGCUAAGUUACCACUUUGCAAUGUAAAUGGCAUGGAAUUUUGGCCAGUAAUAACAAGUGUGAAAUAACCAAGCUAUGUUCAUGAUGCUUCAGCAACUUUUGUGCUUAAAGGCAGUGGACACUAUUGGUAAUUGUCAAAGUCUAGCCUUCACAGUUGGUGUAUCUCAAC